AUGUUGAUGCGGUUAAAAGCUUAUUGCAAUUACUUUCUUCAUUGCUUUGUAGAUUUUUGGACAAGCGAAUUAGCUUGCAAACGAGGUGCCUCUCGUACAGCAUCUUCAAAUUCGGUUACGAGGAGGAAAACCUCGUCAAAAGUAGAGGGUAGGAGACGUUACGGAACUGAAAGAAUUACUUCCACUUCUUCAGCUACUCAGGCUCCUUCAAGUUCUUCUUUUCGGAAGGGUCAAAGCGUCUUGAUUAAGCGUGAUCGUCUUCAAAACUCCGAGCGGGUAAAUUUGAACUGUUCGUACCAGAACGACAAAUUGAAUUCUAAUUCAAAAAAGCUUGUUGUAAAGAAUUAUUUGUAUGAGUCAAAGGAUACGAAUCUUGACACACGUUAUAAUAAAGCGAACGGUCCAGGCAUGAUGAACUCGUUGGCUCACUGUGACGUCUAUGUGCCGAUGGAGUACAAUAAAAUAGCAAGUAGUCAUUCGGCGUUUUCACUCUCAUCGAGGCAAGAAUGCGAUAAUCACUCGCAACAGGCAACAACCAGCUCUACUGACUGGCUUAGUACGGUUCAAGCAGCUCCUUCAUUGCGCACAUUUAAACCGAGAAAAGUUUCUGCUGAUGCUCUAGAAAUUAGUCAAGAGAAAGAGCGGAAGCUGGUUGGGCUAAAUCUUCAUACAAAUGUUGCAAUAAAGCCUGCUAUAAAGCCGAAGCCUAUGACUCUACGCCGUGAACGGAGUGAUCUUUGUGCUAGUUCAGUUGGCAGGAUCCACCACGCUGAUUACAGUCCUUCUCCUGGAAGCUUCCGAGGGCUUGGAGGGUUACAGUCGUGUUUCCAAAGCGAAAUAAAUUCAAGAAAUUGCGCUGAGGGAAUGAAAAGGAAAAGGUAA